GGGAUUUCCCAAUCAUACGUGGCAUAAUACAACGGAAGACACCGCCCUCAUUCAUAGUUAGUAUAGCAGGUUAAAUCCGUCAUUCAGGAUGUCCAUAACUAACUUUUUACCGGAUCACAAUGGUCGAGAGAAUCUGGAUACCUUUGUUUUAAGACGUCUUUAUAUUCCCAAGACUUUUAAUAAACGUAUCCACCGAGAAGUCAACAACGUUUUCCGCUAUCUUCAUGAAUUUCCGGACUACCUGAAGACAGAGGGUUAUAAGGGGUCAUCCAAAAACUCCAUCGAUAUGAUCGUUAAGGGCGGAUCAUUAGGGAAGUGUACGGCUGUACAGCGAACGUCUGAUAUGGAUUUAGUCGUAUUCUUUAAUGGGUACGAUAACAUGGAGAAAUUUAUCAAGGAAAAAAAGAAAACGGGUGGUGUUCUGGAUAAACUUUCAGAUUACAUGACUGGAAACCAUGUAUCUUCAAAGCACUGGAAGGAAGAAUUCAGAACUAGGGAUUUCCACAUAAAACUGAAAAUGGCUGACGGAGAAACCAAAUAUGAUAUCAAAGUGGACAUUGUACCCGCUAUACGAGUCAUGGACCGACAAGGCUGUAAUAUGGACAAAUUGUACACGCAAAUGAGUCGACAGCUGCCAAAUGUUCGUGAACAUUACUCAGCCUGCCUUGUACAGAAACAGAGAUCAUUCACGAGAGCACAGGACUCAACCGUCAAGAGACUUAUGAAACUCACCAAAUACUGGAAACAUGAGAAUGACCUAGCUCUCAAUUCGUACACGUGUGAACUGCUCUCUAUAGAUGCAUGUAAAGAAGGUUGUCGUGAUGUAACACGAGGCUUUAAAAAUGUUUUGGAAAAGUUAAAGACCUAUAACAACCUUAAUGUAGAAUUUUCCGAGUAUUAUAAUCCAGACAAAUGGAGGAGUUAUUUCCCAAAGGAUGAACCUUACGUCAUGGACCCAGCAAAUCCCUUUAUGAACACGUGCAAGCACGAUCUAAAAGCUGGCCAAAUCAGACACAUUGAAGAAUGUGCAACGGAUACACUUAAUGCUAUAAAAUAAAAGGGAUUCGUUAUAAAUAGUAACCUAUAUAGGUUGGUUUGUAAUGGCGAGGAUAUAAUCUACAUAGUCUGUAAAAAAUUAGUGUUUUUGUUUUCUUUUUAAGGGGUGGGGCUAUAGAAACUGGGUGGUCAAUAUAAUUAGUGGUUUUGUGUUUAAAGUAGGAAGGGGGGAGCUAGAGUAACUAGGUGGUCUAUAUAAUUAGUGGUUUUGUGUUUUAAGGGAGGGGCGUGGGAAAGAAACUAUAUAUGUGUUCUAUAUAAUUAGUGGUUUUGUUUUUAAGGGAGUAUAGAUGGGGACUUUAGAUGCAACCGAACUAUCUUUUCUUACGUCUGCGUCGUUACCGUUCAUAACCAUGUUACUUUGUUCAUGACCAUAUUACUUUGUUCAUAACUAUAAUAAUUUGUUCAUAACUAUAUUAAUCUGUUCAUAACUAUAUAAUAAUACUUUGUCCUUAUCAUAUUUCUAGAAAUAUACAACCUAUCCACAAUGAAGCCAAUUAAUGUAAAUAUAAGCCCUGUCUUGUAUCCUAGUAUUCAUAACGUCCAACUGUUACUGCACCGACGGGGUUAAUGAAGACGGUCAUACUCCAUGCAGUGUGCCAUGAGGAAAAGGUUUCCCGGACAGCGGCGUUCCUGCCCACUCUCUUCGUCGAUUUGAACUGUCCAGGGUUCUUUUACUAACCCUAGCCCUGUACAUGGGACUCCGGUUUUUCGUCCCAACCACGCUGCAAAAUCCUGGGGAACUUUGUAGGCCGACACCGAGAUCCAACCCGCCAGUUCCCGGUCAGCGAUCUAAACUGUUUCAAUAUAGUAAUACAAAUUGUCAUAUUUUAUUUUAUUCACAUAACAAACUAUUUGGUUACAUCAUAACGUUGCUUGUUGUAUAUUUGAAAUAAAGGGUUAAAAAGUAUUAAAAGAUUUUAAAGAUACAUUAUGAGAGAUUAGAUAAAGAGGGUAGUUCUCACUAUAAUAGUUAAAAACUAGAUAAUGUAAAGGGAAUUUGCUGAAAAUUCCAGUCAAAUUGAUUCACUCUGAACCGAGAUUUUUGCGACUGAAGUUUCGGCCUUGCCUCGAUCAUAAUUACUAAAGUCGGUACGAUAAAAAACAUAGUCUCGAUCAUCCGUUUCAUGAUUAAAUCAUGAAUGAAAGUUGAGCAGAAAAUGGGAUCCUGAUCCAGUAAAUAUCACCGGUUAGCGUUGGCAUCGAGAGUUGAUUAUGGUCUGGAUAAGUUAAUUAAUGUCUUAUUAAUAAUUAAGAUUACAUUUCAGGCCCAAAGAAAGAAGUGCAAUUGGCAGAUUUAGCUCUUGCAAAAUGUAUGUUUAAUAAUUUAGAUAACAUUUUAGGCCUAAAGAAAACCCUGCAAUAGGCAGAUUUAGCUCGUGCAUAAUGUAUGUUUAAAGAUAUUCAAAAUGGCGAACAGGUUUGUGUUUG